GAUUUCACGGCCAAAAUGGUGGGUAUUUAUUACUCAAGGCGUCUUGGACUUUAGUGAAUGUUGAUAUACCUCGAAGCUACCGCAAUUAUUAAUUAAUACACGUGUUUUUAAAAUAAAAAUGAUAUAACGCCUUAUCAUACGUUAUACGUGUUAUUUAUGUUCUUGGUUAAAUAAAUUUUAUUUAAUUAUCAGAUAAUUAUCAACUAUAAACUUCGGUUUUGGUCCACUGAAAAGUAUCUAAUAAAUCAAACGCGCAUUUACGACUGUUGAGAGUAAAGUUGGAAUUAAAUUUAUUUAACCACAAUAAUGGGAGACUUGACAGAAAUAAAGAUGAAUAUGGCAGCUUUGAAACGCGUUGAUCCCUAUAUCAAGGAUAUUUUAGAGACAGCAACGCAUGUGGCUCUUUAUAAAUUUAAUGCGGAGAACAAUGAAUGGGAGAAGACUGAUAUCGAGGGUGCAUUGUUUGUUUAUUCGAGAAACGGCGAACCCUACAAUAGUAUCCUUAUUAUGAAUCGACUAAAUACCAAUAAUUUAGUGGAACCUGUUACACAGAGGCUUGAUCUCGAGCUGCAAGAACCAUUUUUACUCUACAGAAAUUCAAAAUGUAACAUUUACGGUAUUUGGUUUUACGACAAGGACGAGUGCAUACGUAUUGCGGCUAUUUUAAAACAGCUUGUAAAGCAUUCUGACGAAAGCUUAAAGAAAGUUAAUACAAGUUUAAAGAAUAAAAAACAAGUCAUUAAUAAAGCCAGUGACUCUUUCAAUAACGUUGAUAUAUUUAGCAUGCUCAGCAAAGCUCAAGAAAAUUUCAAUACUUCCAGAGAGAGCAAUGGUAAUCAUGAUAUUAAUUUGAAUUCUGAUGGAAUUUCUGAUGAUAUCAAUACUUUUUCUCAUUCAGGAACUAUCACAACUGGUGGAAUGUUUGAUGGAACUUCUCAAAGUGUUGUUGAUUUCUUUGCCAAAGCCAAGGUAAAUACGGGCCAUUUCAAACCGGAGCACCAACAGCCUCCAGGAAACGUUCACGUCACCGUAGAAAAGCCUAUAUCCUUAUCUCACCUAAUGUCUCACCCAGCGGCCCACACUCUAGAGCACAUAGAAAAACAGCAGCGUUCCAUCACGCCCCAAUCUACGGGAAUUCCUUCGAUAGUCCCACCAGCGACAGUGCCAAUUACAGUGAACUUAAUGAAGAAUGGAACUCCAUCAAGUAAAACGAAAAAGCACGCAUGUUCCAACAACUCUGGACCAGCAGCAUCGUCCCAAAUGCUUCAACAUCCAAAAUCAAGUGCAAGCAAUGACGUGAUAGUCGCUAAAAGUUUCCAUAGAAUACAAUCACCUUUGACAGGUCCAACGAAUAAUUCAAUAAUAAAUCACCAUACUCCAGGACAAAAUUACAGACAUUCAAUUUUCUCAAUGGACACUCCGCUUGAUUGUAAUAAAGUAAUUAAAAAUGAAGAGCCAAGUGCUGGAAAAACUGUGACGGAUAUUUCAACAUUGCCAUUAGGAUUUUCUUCACUAGAUUUAGACGACAAGUCAAUUGAAUCUGAGGAAGCUCAAGUUGGAAUUCGUGGAUUUGGUUCAAAUGCUCCGGCGUUGAUGCCUCCCGUGAUGUUUUCUGCUACCAGUCCCUCUGAGUCAUCUCGACCAAUUAUUGAACCUCUUACUCGAAAUCAACUACUCCAAGCGUUUAAUUAUCUUCUUAAAAAUGAUCCGGAUUUUAUGAUGAAAUUACACGAUGCUUACGUUAAAUCUUUUAGCGAAAUUUAUUCGUAAAAUUUAAUUAAAAAUCUUGGGAGUAAUUAUUUAA